AUGUCUUUAACCUUUUUAUUCAGAACAAUUACGAAAGACCUUGCAAAGGUAAGCUUUCGCCAGCAUGUACAGUCCUUACACACAGGUUGUCAUCUUCUGGCAGCUGAGAAAGCCCUCCUGAUGAAAAUGCGGAAAAACACCGGCUACACUUUCAUGAACUGCAAGAAAGCAUUGGAGAAGUUUGAUAAUGACAUGGCACAGGCAGAGACUUGGCUAAAUGAGCAGGCGUUGAAGGAGGGCUGGAGCAAAGCAAACAAGCUGGAGGGUCGCAAAGCCAAAGAGGGUCUGAUUGGCCUGUUCAUAGGAGAUAAAGCUGCAGUUAUGGUGGAGGUUAACUGUGAGACGGACUUUGUUUCCCGCAAUGAGAAGUUCCAACAGCUGGUUAAGGAAGUGACAUUUGCUGCCUUUGCUUUCCACCGGAAUAAAACCCAAAGCCAGGCGGGAUAUGUGAAGAGUGUCCUGGUGGGUGAUGAGUUAAACAAACUCAGUUUUGGUGAAGGAGCUUCACUUUCUGACCAGGUGGCUCUCACAAUCGGUCGCCUCGGGGAGAACAUGUCAGUGAGGCGGGCUGUGAUGGUGGGAGUCCCUGCUGAGUGGAACAUCGGCUCGUAUGUACACGGUGGUGUGAGCGGCCAGACUGAGGUGGCCAUGGGUCGGUACGGCGCCCUGGUCGUAUUCCAGGGUGGAGAGGAGGGAAAACGGGAAUUUCUAGGGCGUAAACUGGGACAGCAUGUAGUGGGAGAGGCCCCUGUCUCCCUGGGGAACAUGGAUGACCUGCCUUGUGGUGAAAGUGAGACACGCCUGCUGCCUCAGACCUUCCUGGGAGACCCCAGCACGACUGUGGCACAGUUCCUCAACGGUCAUCAGGCUCGAGUACUUGACUUUGUCCGAUUUCAGUGUGGCGAAACAACCAGUGAAGAAGCAAAAUGAAGGGAGGGAAACAACUUAUCUCAAAGGAUUCUACACGAGUCUUCAUUGAAUAUGAAGAUGAAAUGCAACUACUCAUUUAUUCUUGAACAUUUAGACACAGUGGCAUCAUGAAUUGCAAAGCAGAAUAUGUAGGUCAACCAGCAAAUGAUCAACGCUACAAUAAAAUGUGUUUUUCUUUUUUUUUUCUUGAAAUCCUAGUCCAUAUUAAUUUGUAUAUGCUACUCAGUAUUGUGAAUUAUAAGAUCUAAAUGAA